AUUUAUUAAUUUCCACCACAAAUGCUCUCUUUCAAAAAGGCCUUUCCUAAGCUAAUGCCCUCAGUUCUUCCUUCUCUCACUGUAAUGAGGACAAAUCCACCACUCUGAAAUCUUCCAGUCAGACAUUUGGCUUACAGGCCAAAGAUCAAACUGAUUUUUGACCGGAAUGGAGAAUUCGAUUUAUAUCAUUAUGAAAAAGGCGAAAAUAUGAUAAGAUUGCUCUCCAGAAUCAACGUAGGCUUCCUGUGUGGUAACUCAGUUCUCUUAGCACUAGAGUUAGCCAGUCCCUUCUUUGGUUAUUGGCAUGGAGUCAGCCUCUGCCUCGGUAUAAGUGCAUCCUUCCUUUACGGAGGCAUGCUGCAUUACUACUCAACAAGAAUCAUUAAGAAUAUUUAUCUUAAAAAUGAUGGAGAGCAUGUCAGAGUCACUUAUUUCAAUGCUUUCUUCAUGCAGAAAGAGAAAACCAUGAAGAUAGUUGACAUGGGAUAUCUUGAGCCAAGCAGGAUAUACAACCUCUACCUUGCCAAGCACAAAGCAGAAGAGAAGAUGUACAUCAACUUUACUAAGAAUAUGCAUAAGCAUCCUGAAUACAGGGCUAUGUUGGAGAAGGUAUUCUCUGGGACAAAUCUUGUAUUCCCACAAGCAACUGCUAGAAGAGAAUUUAAAAAGAGGUAAUCCAUUUCAAUAUUAACACAGAUAUUU